CCCGCCUAUCGUCUUCUUGCCUCCCGGUGACGUGUCGAGUAAGUGCCGGAAGACUAUAGUCCAAGAUGGCUUAUCAAACGUUUCAACAGGAGUACCUGCAAAUCCCUUUGGUGACCAGGGCUUAUACAACCGCCUGUGUGCUCACCACUGCUGCUGUGCAACUAGAGCUAAUCACUCCAUUUCAGCUGUAUUUCAACCCAGAUUUAAUAUUUAAGAACUAUCAGGUAUGGCGGUUAAUCACAAAUUUCCUGUUUUUCGGUCCAGUUGGAUUUAACUUUUUAUUUAAUAUGAUUUUUUUGUAUCGAUACUGUCGCAUGCUGGAGGAAGGCUCUUUUCGGGGACGCACUGCUGACUUUGUCUUCAUGUUCCUGUUUAGCGGGCUGCUGAUGACUGUCUUUGGCAUGUUCGUGAGUCUGGUGUUCUUGGGCCAAGCCUUCACCAUCAUGCUGGUGUACGUGUGGAGCCGGCGGAACCCCAGCGUGAGAAUGAACUUCUUCGGGCUGCUCAACUUCCAGGCCCCCUUCCUGCCCUGGGUGCUCAUGGGCUUCUCCCUGCUGCUGGGCAACUCCAUCAUCGUGGAUCUAUUAGGGAUCGCAGUCGGACACAUCUAUUUCUUCCUGGAGGAUGUGUUUCCAGACCAGCCUGGGGGAGGGCGCUGGUUAAAGACCCCGGGUGUUCUGAAGGCUCUGUUUGACACCCCGGAGGAAGACGGCAACUAUAACCCCCUCCCCGAGGAGCGGCCGGGGGGCUUUCCCUGGGGGGAGGGGCAGCGCCUGGGGGGCUAGUGGAAAAACUGCAUCCAGCCCCCACAGACACACACUGUGCUCUCAUACAGCCUGCGCAGAUAGAUUUUGUACCUUCUUUCUCACUUUGGACUGAAAUCUUGAACCCCCUGUGUAUAUAAAGUGUUUUGUAAAGCAAACAACCCGAACGCUAGCGUUCCACCAAUCCCGAACGCUGUCUUUGUGCAGCAUUUGGGUUUCCAUGACAACGUUCAGGAACAGGACUCUCACAGAAUGAGCUGCCUUUUAUUUGGGUGGAGAUUUUUAUUUUGUAUUUUAUUGAAUAUAAAAGAAAGUAAGAAAGAAAAAAAAACAAAAAAACAACCGUAGUCUUUUUUUUCUCUUCAUAUUUUAGGACUGUCAAGUCUACCUUUGUAUAUAAAACCAAAUAUGGCAGAACUACA